AUGAAGGUCCAACGGUCAACCUUUUUUGCGGUCAACGGGAAAUCAAACCUUCAUCACUUUCACUCGACUCAGGGGAAUCCCAUUUCUGAGCUCGAAUCACGAGAGUUCGUGUCGAAAUUACUUGAUAGGAAAUGGGGAUUACAGAGUCCUUCAACCCAAAUUCAGCAAAUCAGUGUAUCUUCUGCUAAAGUGACAUGUAAGGAACAAGGAAUCGGCAAGUUCUCAUUCUUCAACAACACUCGUCCAAAUCUCGGAGAUGAAGUGUCAAAAGAGAAGCAAGGAUCGUCUUUUUACAUUCUGAGAGAUGAUCUUUUGCAUCCUCUUGUGAAUGGAAACAAAGCUAGAAAGCUCGAUGCUUUGUUACCACUUCUUCAAGAUCAUAAAGUGACUGAUUUGGUUACAUGUGGAGGUUGUCAAAGUGCACAUACAGCUGCAGUUGCUGUUUCGUGUGCCGAGAGAGGUCUAAGAUCACAUUUGCUACUCCGUGGAGAACAGCCCGAGGUUUUGACCGGUUAUAACCUCGUUUCAACUAUGUAUGGGAAUGUUGAGUAUAUUCCAAGAUCGAGGUAUGCGAAUAGAGAGGAAAUGCUGAGAACUCACGCGGAUCUUGUCGCUGGGGAAGACGGUUCUGUCUUAUGGGCCAGAGACAUUGUUGAGGGACUUGAGGCUAUGGAUGCUGCAAGAAUGGAUGAUUUUUCAAAUUCCAAGUCUUCUCCUAGAAGAAAGGUUCUGAUCGUCAAUGAAGGUGCAGGAGAUGCUCUUGCAUUACUCGGUAUGUUUCGGUUAGUGCAGUAUUUGUCACAAGAUCAUCUACUUGGGAAGAAGAGUCCGGUCAAAUUUGUAGUUGAUGCUGGUACUGGAACAACUGCUGUGGGUUUAGGUGUUGCAGCUAUGUCUUUAGGGCUUCCAUGGGAGAUCAAUGCAGUGAUGCUAGCUGAUACACUCGAAAAGUACAAGAGACAUGAAGAUCGGUUGAUAAAAGAAUUUACGAGGCAGUUUCUUCCCUCGAUCGUCUGCAGCAGCUUAGAUAUGAUCAAAUGGGUAGAUCGUCGAAACCGGAGAAAAUUUGGGAAGGUUUUGGAAGGUGAAGUGGAGAUGUGUCGGAGAAUAGCGCAAGAGACAGGGGUCUUAGUUGAUCCGAUGUACACUUUAGCUGCUUGGGAGACAGCAACAGAGCUUGUGCAGGACGAGAGAUCGAGCAUUGUAGUGAUGCUUCACACUGGAGGCACUCUUGGGAUGUUUGGUCUUGCUCAAAGAUACAAAUCUUGCUUCACUAACUUGAAAGAUUAG